GCAUUCCCUAUAACAGGGGAGGAGUUUGGCCAAUGGCCAAAUCAUAUGGGGUGGGCAUUCUCUGCGGGUGGUUGUCCAAUUGUAGGAGGCGUAUUGGUGGAUGAAGAGGGCGUGCCUCAUGACCUCAUCUGCUGUCCGGAGCUCUGCUGUGCUGUGCAUUUGGAAGAGCUCUCAUUUGCAUAUGUCAAUGACAUUCAUAUGUCUAUAGCCCUAUUGCGAGACAUGUCAUCCGAACAAGAUAAGCCAGUAGAACUUGAGCAAGUUCCUCUCAAAUCUGAUACUGAUGCACCAGCCGGAACUGUAGAUGAGACAGCCACCGUUGAAAACCCACCAGUAGUACAAAAGAAAACCUGGUUUUUCAAAAAGACCACCAAGAAGGUGAUUGUAGAAGAGCCAACUGGUGACGAGGAGAAAACAGUAGAGGAGAAACCAAAGCAAAAAUGCUGGUGGGGUAAGCACAAAACCGAAGAGGAACAAAAAGAUGAUCACAUUUCUAUUGGAAUCGACUUGGUAAAUAGGGAUGAGAAGGCUAUCAACGAGCAUGUACGAUUCGGAUUUGAGGAUAUUUUCGCAGAAGCCGAUACGCAACAUUCUUGGGACUGUGUUUGGCGAUUAGUCUUCAAAGUUUUUACGUAA